CCAGCGCUUAUGGCGGAGUUGUGGUGGUGCUGGACCAGAGGCUGCAGAUGCGUCGUAGAGUUCGUGGUUGAGUACCAGGAGUAGUUUGCCAAAAACGAUGAAGGCGCAGUCGUGUUGGGAGGGCUGCUGCUCUGAGCUGUCGUGAUGCCAGGAUGGCCGGAAGGGGCGCUGCAGCGCAGGUGCGCAGAGCCCGGCGGGGAGGGCACCACAGGCAGACCUCAGUCAAGCGGCAUCGGGCUGAGCAGAGAGGAGCGGCGCGGUCAGUGGCUCUUAACUGUGGAGUGAAGCGGACACAUGUGGACAGCGAUGCUGCUGCUGCUGAAGAGAAGACCCUCUGCUGCUCAUGUCGCACUUUUAUUUUAUUCUUAUUUUCUGCAGCCAACUUUGGUGGCCGCCUUCAACCUUGACACCAGUCUUGUCCUCAGGAAAGACGGAGAGCCGGGGAGUCUUUUCGGCUUUUCUCUCGCAAUGCACCGGCAACUCAACCCGGAUAAAAGAAUGCUGUUGAUUGGCGCACCUAGAGCCAGAGCUUUGGGGAAACAGGCAUCCAACAUCACAGGAGGUCUUUAUAAAUGUGAAAUCACCCAGUCCACUAAUUGUGAGCGUAUUGAAUUUGAUAACGAAGAGAACAUACAUGUUGAGAGUAAGGAGAAUCAGUGGAUGGGGGUGACGGUUCAGAGCCAGGGACCUGGGGGAAAGAUUGUGACUUGUGCUCAUCGCUAUCAGAGGCUCUUUUAUGUGAACACCGCUCAGGAGUCCCGGGAUAUUACCGGGCGGUGUUAUGUCCUGAGUCAGGACCUGACUAUUGACUUGUCCUCUGAUGAGGACGGAGGUAACUGGAAGUUCUGUGAGGGCAGAACCAGAGGCCAUGAGAUGUUUGGAUCUUGUCAGCAGGGUUUGGCGGCCACCUUCAUCAAGAACAACCAUUACGUGGUGUUUGGAGCACCAGGAGCUUACAACUGGAAAGGCAUUGUGCGAGUGGAGCAAAAGAACAACACUUUGCUUGAGAUGGGUGUGUAUGAUGACGGCCCGUAUGAAGUUGGAGACUUCUCUUUCUUGAACUCUCCCCUCAUGACUUUUCCGGCCAACAGCUACCUCGGAUUCUCCCUUGAUUCGGGACACAGAAUAACCAGCAGACAUGACCUGACGGUAGUGGCUGGAGCACCCAGGGCCAAUCAUACUGGAGCUGUUGUCCUGUUGAAGAAAGAGGGCUCCUCUAGACUUUUGGUGGAACACAUGUUGUACGGACCAGGACUUGCAUCCUCCUUUGGAUAUGACGUGGCCGUAGUUGACCUGAAUGGGGAUGGAUGGCAAGACAUAGUUGUAGGAGCCCCUCAGUUCUACAUGAAGGACAGAGACAUUGGAGGAGCUGUUUAUGUCUACAUCAAUCAGGCAGGAAGGUGGGAUAAAGUCACUCCUGUCCGUCUGAACGGGACCAAAGACUCCAUGUUUGGACUGGCAGUGGAGAACAUCGGAGAUAUCAAUCAGGACUCAUAUGAAGACAUUGCAGUUGGAGCUCCUCAUGAUGACGGCGGGACAGGGAAAGUCUACAUUUACCAUGGCUCUGCACAUGGAAUCAGAACCAGUCCUGCACAGAUCCUUUCAGGAAGAGAGCACAAUGUGAGACUAUUUGGAUAUUCUCUGGCGGGGAACAUGGAUUUGGACAGUAACUCCUACCCAGACGUGGCUGUAGGCUCUCUGUCAGACACAGCUCUGAUCUAUAGGGCACGGCCAGUCAUUAGCAUCAGGAGAGACGUCAAAAUAUCUCCACAGGAAAUUGAUCUUACAGUCAAAACCUGUGGUAGCAGUAUUUGCUUCACCGUGGACGCAUGCUUCGCCUACAAAGCAAACCCUGCAUCUUACAACCCAAGGCUAACUAUCAGCUAUUCAGUCGAGUCGGACGGCGAUCGCAGGAAACAGGGGCUGUCCUCCAGAGUGAUGUUCCUGAACAAAUCCCACACGGAAACAGACCACCAGUUUAAUGGCACCUUGGACCUCCGCGGCCAAAAACAGGAAACAUGUAUUAAGAUAAUAGCCAAACUGAAGGACAACAUCAAGGACAAGAUGCGUAGCAUUCCUAUUGAGAUGUCUGCAGAAAUCAUGAGCACUAAACGACAGAAGACAAGGAACGGCCUCCCUCAGCUUAUGCCCAUUUUAGAUUCCUCUCAGCCGAGCAAAGACGUCUUUGAGGUCAACUUUGUCAAAGAGGGAUGUGGAGGUGAUCACAUUUGCCGAAGUAAUCUGAAGAUGGAGUACGAACUAUACUACAAAGAAAUCAACCUGGACGUGUACUCCCCAUUACCCAUCGAGAAAAUCCCUGUGUUUCAUCUGAGAUCCGAGAAGAAGCUCUUGGCUCUGAGGGUGACAGUCAGCAAUACGAACGGAGAUGAUGCUUACGAGGCAAAGCUGGUGGGGACUUUCCCCUCAACGCUGUCAUAUUCUGGAGUCCGUUCACAGUACACUACGAAUGAAAAGUCGAUCAUCUGCACCACCAAUCAGAACGCCUCUCAAGCAGACUGUGAGCUGGGGAAUCCUUUUAAGAGAGACUCAGAGGCUACAUUUUACAUCAUCCUGAGCACUUUGGGUAUGACUCUCGACACCACGGAGAUUGACAUUGACCUGCAGCUUCAAACGACGAGUGUGCAAGAAAGUAUUGCUUCUGUUAAAGUAAAGGCAAAAGUGAUCAUUGAAUUUCCAUUGUGGGUUAGUGGGGAAGCCAGUCCUAAUCUGGUUUCUUUUGGAGGUGCUGUGAAAGGUGAGAGUGCCAUGAAGACAGAGGAAGAGAUUGGAAGUUUGAUUAACUACACAUUCAGAAUAAAUAACUUGUGGAAGUCUUCUGCUGUUGAAGCCUCACUACACAUUCACUGGCCCAAAUGGAACAAAGAUGGGAAGUGGCUUCUGUACCUGGUGAAGAUCACUGCUACAGGACCGCAGGACGUCCUUUGCUCUCCGGAGUCUGAAAUCAACUCUCUCAAACACAUCCAGGAGUCCUCAGCAUCCAGGACCAAACGUGAAAUUGGAGACAGAAAGACUGUUGGCAAAAUGUCUUUAAAGUCAGGCAAAAGUAAAGUUUUGACAUGCGACGGUGAGACCAAAUGUGUGGUGCUCAAGUGCCCCCUACAGGGCCUGGACGGUACAGCAGUUGAACUGAGAUCUCGCCUGUGGAACUCGACCUUUAUUGAGGAUUAUGCUUCUCUUUCGCACUUGCUCAUCGUUGUGAAGGCCUCGCUUGUCCUUCAUAAUCAGGCUAAAAAUAUGAUCCUGAAAAGUCCUGACACGGAAGUGAUGGUGACCGUGACCCCGGAAAACGCAAUUACGCAGCACAGUGGAGUUCCCUGGUGGAUCAUCCAGGUGGCUGUUCUCACAGGCAUUUUGAUUUUGGCUUUGCUUGUGUUUCUGCUCUGGAAGUGUGGAUUCUUCAAUCGCUCCAGAGGAGACGACAACGUCCCUCGUUACCACGCAGUGCGGAUACGAAAGGAAACUCCUGAGUAUAAAGAUGGAAAAGUCAAGCUUGAACCGUUUGAACAGAAGCAGUGGAUGACAACAUGGAUUGACAAUGAAAGCUUCUCGUGAAUUGCGCUGAGCCUUUUGUUUUUUUUGUUACUCGGUGAACGUGCUCUGUGAUUUUUUUUAAAAAAAGAAUUGUACGUAACCUUUUCCAAGAAUUAGUUCAUGUCUUUUUACACUGUAUAGAUGAUGAAAUGUUUCUGUACGUUUUGUAUAUAAUUGAAUACUUCUGUGCACUGUAUAUUUAUUUUUUUGAAUGAAAAAUAAUUUCAUGCAGCCAAAGAGUUUUUGCAGCGUCAUGUUUGCCACGAAGCAGAUCAGCAAAGUGCAAAGUUUACUGCUGUGUCUAUAGAGUUGUACUGUCUUAGUUAAAGUCUAUGCAAGCAAGGUACAGCUCAGAGUAAUAUGAAUAUAAAUCAGUACAUUUUCUGUUGGUUUUUAAGUGUCCGGUUCCUGUAUGUUCCAACAAAACAGCAUUUUACUUUGGAAUGACAUUUAGGUACAGUAACUAAUGGCAUAUACAAAAGACCACAAGUGACUCUCAACGUGGGAAUCUUUGUCAGAUGUUGUUAUGCACAUCCUCUCACUGUUGUUGCAUUCAGGUAGCAUCCACUGUGCUUGUAGGUCGCCACUGAACUUUAAUUACUUUUCUUCUACGUGAGGAAUCCAAAGGGAAAGCAGCUGGAGUGUAUGUUGUAUAGAUUUAAUUCAAUGUGAAUGUCUUGUUGAAAUGUCACAUAAUAAAGAAAAUGUCUAAACACUUA